AACAAAAUCAUUUUUGCGAAUGAUACUUUGAAUUUCGUGUCGUGGGCUGGUUUGCUAUAAAGUUGCACACUACGUAUCGUCUCUCGUCUUUUUUUCUGUAUUGUAUCCGAAUUUAUACAAAAAGGAUGGCUUCGGCUAAGCAGUCAAAAGAAAAGGAUCCUGCGGAUAUUGUUAAUCAGAACGCAAUUCACAUCGAGACCAUAAAGAAAGAGAAUAGGAGCCAAAAAGUGUACACGCUAUUUAGCAUUAACCCGUACAAAAGACUUCACAUUUUGACUGACAAACCUAUGGCUGGCAACAAGACACACGACAAAGUGCAGGAGGACCCUGCUUUCCUAAGGGCCAUCCACAGGGCUUGUUUGGAGCCAACCAAGAAAUACACUCACCCCCAAACUGAGAGCCAGGAGAUAGGCUGGAUAUCCAGACCUCUGAUGGUUUCAGAUCGCAGCGAUAGAAGACUGAACUGGUCACGGCAGAACUCUGAGAUCACCAAGUACAUGGAUGCAGCAUGGCGUCUCAAAGAACAGACACAGAACCUGGGUUAGAUCUACAGCCUACCAGACUUCAUUAUGAUAACCUGGGUUAGAUCUACAGCCUACCAGACUUCAUUAUGAUAACCUGGGUCAUUGGUCUCUUUACUGGAUAAAAAUUGAGUGGAAACACAGCUAUGAAGAAUAAUACUUUACUGUCCAAAGGAAAUACAAUGUAACUGGUAUCAAGCAGACCUACUGUAAUUAAGCAAUAAGGCCCAAGGGGGUGUGGUAUAUGGCCAAUAUACCACAGCUAAGGGCUGUUCUUGUGUGCAACGCAGUGCCUGGAUAAAACCUGUAGCCAUGGUAUAUUGACCAUGUACCACAAACCCCCAAGGUGCCUUAAUGCUAUUAUAAACUGGUUCCCAACCUAAUUAGAAGAGUGAAAAUAAAUAGUCACACUUGUGGUAUAUCAGACCGUAUACCACGGCUUUCAGUCAAUCAGCAUCCAAGGCUUGAAACACCCAGUUUAUAACAAACACCACCAGAGAAACAUGAAGCAGCAUACUAAUCAUUCAUUCAAGUUAAACAGAUGCAGGUGUAGCCUGGUCCCUGUUUGUGCUCUUGCCAUCUCCAUCAGUCAUUGUCAAGCAAAACUCAGCAUGAAAUUAGUUGGUAUAAUAGCACAGACUGGCACUCAGGCUAGAGAAGGGGUUAUUCUUGCCCAAAAUGUACCAACUAUUGUCAUACCGGCAACCUGUUUGCAGAAGAAACAUUGACCCAGAUCUAUAGAAAGUAAUACAUUGGCCCAGAUCUAUAGAAAGUAAUACAUUGACCCAGAUCUAUAGAAAGUAAUACAUUGACCCAGAUCUAUAGAAAGUAAUACAUUGGCCCACUACACAUGAAUAAUAUUGAUACAUGGAAAAGGCCAAACACGACAGCUGUUCAAUAUUAGAAAAUGUCACAUCCCUAAAGGUAGUGAAUCAGGGGGUCAAUAAGCAGACUUGCAAAGUGU